AUGCCCCGGCGUCACCCCAAGGCCGGGGCCCAGCAGGCGGCGCCCCAGGGGUUUCCAGGCGACGGCGGUCGCCGCUGGAGAGCCCCGCUGCUGCCCAGGCUGACGCCCUCGGAGCUCCGGGCAGCCCCCCGCGCCCAGAGCUCGCGGGGCUCCAGGAUGUCGGCCCCGCGCGCGGCGCACGACAGGCGCGCGCCCCCGUCGGUGCAGCUGCCGCCCCUGCCCGCGGCCCGCGCGCCCCCGGACCCCGACCCCGCGCGCCGCGGGCCUGGGCCGCGCGAGGACCCGCGCUGGGACCCGGCCCCGGAGGGCCCCGACUUCCUGGGCGCCCUCCUGGGAGAGCUGCUCCCCGGCAGGUUCCGCCAGUUCCUGCGCCAGCUCCGGGCGCUGAGCGAGGAGCCGCCGCCGACACCCACCUCGGCCUCGCAGCACCCCCGGGAAGCGCGCGAGCCCCUCCCGCCCGCGCCGCGGAGCCGCAGCCGCUCCCAGCACGCGGACCUGCUGGGCCCAUCAUCCCACCUCCAGAGGGACCUGCAGAAGGCUCUGCUCCAUCAGAUGACAGCCCUGGGUCCCCUGAGGGGCGCCCAGCCACCGUGCAGCACCGUCAAGGAGUGCAGCCAGCUCCACAGCACGCAGGCCCCCAAACUCAAGGCCGUGAUCUCCCACAGCUCCUCAGGGGAAGGUUCUGGGUCCCACAGGCGGUACUGCCCCUUUCGAGUGCGAUUCGCAGAUGAGACCCUCCGGGACACAGCCAUCCGCUACUGGGACCGCUACUGCGCGGGAUACCUUUCUGCCCAGCAUCCUGAUGUGCUGGGCCCCCAAGCCAGGGACUUCCACAGGGCUCCAGCCCCUCCUGUCUUUUGCACCGGCGCAGAGCUGAGCGACUACUGGAGGCCCAGGUCGGCCGUGGGACAAGAGCCAGGGAAUUCAUUUAUUGAGCAGCUACUGCCCACCAGGCUCUGUGGACAAGGCAGACAACAUUCCAGCCUCAGGGAGCCCGUGUCCUGGUGAGGGGGGUACAGACAGGCCCCGCAUGGUCCCCUCACCCGGAAGGGCCCUGCACAUGUGAGGGCCCCGCACAGGGGUUCAGUCUCUACUGUUGCCAACUUGAAAUUCUUAAUAAAUUUUAUACAA